AUGAGCACCACGAACGGCGAAGAGUGCAAACUGAUGCACAGCUCCCCAAGCAAGAAGAUGGAUCCAACCAAUGGCACAUGCUCAACCAAAGAGAAAGAAGCAAGCAAAAGAAAGCAGUCAUUCAACGACUUCGAACUUGAGAUCGAUGAUGAAAUUAUCACCCUCUUGUCUUCUCGCACAUGCAAUAAAAAUGUUACACAUAAAAUUCUCAAAAUUAAAAAUUUAAUAGAUGAUCAGAUGUAUGACUACAUCGCAAAUGGUCAGACAUCCGAGAUAAGUGAAUCCAAUGAUGAGAGUGACUUCCACGAAAGUGUGGAGAAAGAACAGUUAAAUUUACACAAUGGUUAUUCGGUUUGUCAAAAUGGGGAUGAAUCUUCAAACACCAAGCUUUCUCACGAUCACCCAGAAAGGAAGGCAGUACCAUCUGAACUGGUGGCCACAUAUGAGCUUAACAAAGAGGCACUAGGAAAGAGGAAGGAGAAAGAUCAAGUUAAGGGGGAAGGAGAGAUGCAUUCGGAUGGGCACACUCACCUUGACAAAAUAAAAAUGAUGAACUUGCUAGGCGAAAACACAAUUAUGUAUAACACAAGGGAUGAUGAGAACAACGUCCUCUUCCUUUGCUACGAUGAAAAGAACGAACAGUGCGAUGUGUGCGAUAAGUACAGGAAGAAUUACAUGUCCAAUAUGUAUCCGUCGAGCUGUGCUCACCUGCAGGGUGGAGACGUGAUGACAAACGUGACAAAUCUGGCAAACGUUACAAAUGCGAUAAAUGCGACAAAUGCGACAAAUGCGACAAACGUGACCAACGCAACUGCCAACGGGACUGCCGCGGUGAAUGCACUGAGCGACUACUUCUUCGUACUAGGGUCGACUUCCAACUCAAGGAAAUACAUACUGAAACAGAGCAACCUCGACUUCCUCUCAGUGCGCAUACACAUCAAUGAGAAAAAAAUCGGGUGCAGGAAAAGCCACGAUCCGCUCACCCUAACUUCCAACAUAGCAGUGGGAAAGGGAUUGAAGCUACUAAAUAUGAUUAAGACAGACAGUGCACUACACAAACAAAUUAAACACCUCAGUAAAGGUAAAAAAAUUGUGCUAUUGGUUGGAGAUGAAGUCAUAUACUGCAACAAUAAAAUAUAUGAAAAACCCAAAAAUGAAGAGGAAGCUUCUAACUUCCUUAAAUCCUACAACAGCAACAAAUGCUACAGUUACAGUAGCAUUACCCUAAUCGAACUAGAAUCAGAGAAAAUUAUCACAGGAAUUGAUGAAUCUAUUGUUAACAUAUGUGACAUGGACGAUUCAGUGGUGAAGAAAAUCCUUGAUGACUCUUCUAUAUAUUUCUGCGCAGGGGCAUUGAAAAUUGAAAACACUCACAUGCACAAGUAUAUAAAAGUUAUCAAAGGGAAUAUUGAUAGCAUCUUCGGUUUGUCACUAAAUCUUCUCUUCCACCUUGUGAACUUUCUGUGA